ACGAUCAUUUAUCUGGGAGCCAGACGCAAACAUGAACAGCUCGUCUUACUUCAGCAAUGACAGCACAGUCUCGGAGGAUGAAUGGGCCACAGUGGGGGGAACUGCGGUGUGUGUUAUCCUGUCUGUGAGCUUUGCGGUGGGGACUCCUGGGAACCUGCUGGUCGUGUGGACCAUCAUGAGCCACGUGAAGCACCGCUCUCAUACUCUGCUGCUCAUCAUGCACCUAGCUAUUGCUGACAUGCUGGUACUUGUGACCCUUCCUUUCUGGAUCUACUCACUGGCUCAGUCCUGGGUUUUUGGUGAGGUUAUGUGCAAGGCCAUGGUGUACAUCAUCUAUGCCUGCAUGUAUGCCAGCAUUUUUCUGAUAACGAUUAUGAGCGUGGAGCGCUAUUUGGCUGUCAGGUACCCUUUCAAGAUGCUGCACUGGAAAAACAGCAAUGCUAUGAAUCUAAUCCUGGCUGUGGGCUGGACCCUGGCACUCCUGCUAGGACUGCCAGCUAUUUGGCCCCGGUCUGUUGAUCAGGACAUGAAUGGUGUUCAGCGCUGCGUCUUCUCAGGGUACAGUUCAGUGGCUCUGGAGGUCUUUUGUAUUUGUUUGGAGACAUUGAUUGGCUUUGUCAUCCCUUUUCUCACCAUGGCUGUGUGCUAUGUCCAGGUGGCAUCUCAACUUCGCCAGAUGCACAGAAAGAAUAAACAGAAAGCUGCCUUCCUCAUCAGUGGAGUAGUGGUGGCCUUCGCUCUGUGCUGGCUGCCCCAUCAUAUUAUAAAUGUCAUUAAUGCAGCACAGCUGCUUGGAGCACACUCAGAAAAACUGAAAGAAAUCUCAGAAGCAACAGCGUUAAUCUCUGGAGCACUGGCGUUCAUUAGCAGCUCCGUGAACCCAAUGCUUUAUGCUUUUGCUGCCAGAAGCAUCCAGGGUAGUCUGAGGAAAUCAGCGAUGGCCAGACUUUUCCAGGAAAUUGCUUCUUAUACAGUCCAAUUAAGAGGGUCAGAGCAGCAAACGUCUUACUAUUUGAACCAGGACAAAGUCGAAGAAAUGUCUGCAGAAGAUGUGUGCUGAGGUCUGCUGGGUAACGUCCGAGUUGAACUGUGUUUUUGACUGUACCACAUACUGAGAACUGUCAUGGCACUGCUGUUGUAAUAAUUGGAGUGAAUACAUGGAACGACGUUAGUUAAUUCUUAUUAGUUGUACGUUUUAAUUGCUUUAUGAAGCAGCAUUUUUUCCCCUUCCAAUCAGUAGAAGAUGGCCAUCCUUUUUCAUUACAGUGAAUCAGCACCCGAAGUCAAGACAAAGGAAGUUCUCACUUUUCUUGAGAACAAGAUGCAGUAGACAUAAUCUCUCCAGACGAGACACAAAUAGUGGUUAGGGAGAUUUUACAGUUGUUCAGCCUAGACUUUCUCACACCGUAGGCCCUGUUCAACUGUGUUUUAAUUUUCCCAUUCAUUUGGAUCACAUUUUCAUCCUCUUGAGACGUGAACUAUAAUGUAUAUAAUGUUUAAUGUUCUGCGCCUUGUAAUUUCUCCUCACGAUUUCUGUUAAUUAAAAUCUGAUAACUCUGCAAAUUGAUAAAAUGUUUUAUACAGGAAGAAGUGCAAAUGGAGAAAGACUGAACUUUCCUCAUGUGAGUUGUCAGGGGAAAAAUCUGAUGUCCUCACAUGUGGUCAGUGGAGUCUCAGAUCAGAAGAUUAACCUGAAAGAGGACGUUGAAUUUUGUUUCAGUUUGUUGUUGUGUGUGUUUUUUUUUUAUAACGUGGGUGAAUUAAGUAUUUCAGGACAAAAACUGCAAAAUUUUAAUAAAU